AUGGCGGUUGGUCAUGUUUCGGCGAGCUCCUUAGAUAAUCUCAAUUUUCUUGUAAAGUGUGUGGAUACGAAUACGAUAAAAUCAUUUAAGGAUAAAGCUCACCUGAUAUAUGAAGGAAAUCGAAUAAAGUGGACGCUGGACCUUGAUUCACUCAAGUAUUUUAUCGAAAAUAUCGUUGGCCUUAACGGUAGGUGGAAAUCACCUGGCGGUAAAUCUAAGCAGUUUAACAGUACAAACGCCGAUUUAAGUAUAACUUGGCACCCCGGGGAACAAAAUUCACUGUUAUUUCAAGGAAAAGAUGUCAUAGUACUUAAGGAUUUUGUAGUAAAAAUGUUAGAAGAACCAAUCAUUGACAGUCCUAAUUCGAAUGCAAAGUUUUCGACUCAAACGGCUCAUCCAGUUGCCGAACCUUGUGAAAAGCUGUGUGAAAUCGUUGCAGAUACUAAGGCUGCAAUUGAGCCAGAGCUAUAUAUAUCUAGUCAUCAUACCUGUGAUUGUAACCCAUGUGGAAAUGACAUUAAAAACGCCAAGCUAGACAUUGAAGAUUUGCAGAAACAAAUUAGUUCUAUUAACAAUGUUAUUGAUUCUACAAAUGGCAUUAUAAAGUCAAUCAGUGAAAUUUUGCUUCCCGGCGAUGGCGGUGUCUUACUCAUGAUCGCAGAACUGAGGCUACGGUAA